AUGUAUCAACAAAUCUUUUUCUUAUUAUUUUUUACAACUUUGUUAUCAUUUACAAAUAUUGUAUUUUGCCAAAAAGCUGGAAAGUUGAAUCCAGAAGUUCACCCACCUAUAACCUGGCAACAAUGUGAUGCUACUGGAAAGUGUGAUACUAUAAAGGGAGAGGUUGUGAUUGACGCCAAUUGGAGAUGGGUUCAUUCUGACCAAGGCACCAACUGCUACACUGGCAACACAUGGAAUCCAACCUUUUGUACCGAUGGUGUUGGAUGCUCUCAAAACUGUUCACUCGAAGGUGCCCAAUACCAAAGUGUCUAUGGUGUCACCACUGACUCUAGUGCCGUCCGUCUCAACUUUAUCACUCAAGGUCAAGGCAAAAACAUUGGUUCACGUCUCUUUCUCAUGUCCAAUGCCACAAACUAUCAAAUGUUUUAUCUGUUGGGUCAAGAGUUUAGCUUUGAUGUAGAUGUUAGCAAAUUGGAUUGUGGUCUCAAUGGUGCCCUCUACCUAGUAUCAAUGGACAGUGAUGGAGGUAUGACUCGUUUCCCUGCCAACUCUGCCGGUGCAAAGUAUGGUACUGGUUAUUGUGAUGCUCAAUGCCCAAGAGAUUUAAAAUUUAUUUCUGGUCAAGGAAAUUGUAAAGGAUGGGUACCAUCAUCAAAUAAUCCAAAUACAGGAGUUGGAGGGUAUGGUAGUUGUUGUGCUGAAAUGGAUCUUUGGGAAGCAAACAAAAUGUCAAAUGCAUUUACACCUCAUCCAUGUGACAUAUCUCAACAAACCCUAUGCAAUGGUGAUGAAUGUGGUGGUAGUGCUUCGGCCGAUAGAUAUGCAUCGAUUUGUGAUCCAGAUGGAUGUGAUUUCAAUCCAUACCGUAUGGGCAACCAUUCAUUCUAUGGACCUGGUCUCCAAGUAGACACUAGUUCUGUAUUCACUGUCGUCACUCAAUUUGUUACUACCGACGGUUCACCAACCGGUACUCUUUCUGCCAUCAAGAGAUUGUAUGUUCAAAAUGGAAAGGUCAUUAGUCAAUCUGAAUCAACCAUCCCAGGUCUAACGGGUGGUGGCAUCACCGACGAUUUUUGUACCAAACAAAAACAAGUAUUUGGAGAUAAAGAUUCUUUUACUCAACACGGAGGUCUUGCUGGAAUGGGUAAAGCAUUAAAAGAUGGAAUGGUCCUUGUUCUCAGUCUUUGGGAUGAUUAUUUUGCCGACAUGUUGUGGCUCGACGGUUCCUACCCCACCACUGCCUCUAUCGAUAAGCCAGGUGUUGCUCGUGGUCCUUGUUCAGCUACAUCGGGUGUUCCAACAACUGUUGAAUCAAAAUAUCCAGAUGCCUAUGUAAUCUAUUCAAAUAUUAAAGUUGGUCCAAUUGGUUCUACUUUUAAGAAAACUCUUUAA